UCCCAUUUUCAUGAGUCAUGACCCACUCCCUCGCUCUCUGUUCCUACUGUGCAUUAAAAUCCGGCAAAACUAGCGGAGGGAAUACCAACCCAACCCACAACAACGAGUAUUCAGAAGAGGAAUCAGCGAGGAUUUCUGAUCUGUUUCGUAGCUCUUCUCCUCCAUUUUUAGCUUCAAUGGAAUUCAAUCGAACUUUGCAUUUGAUUUUGGACAAAAUAUCCGAUUUCUCAUUCAUUGUAGAUCAAGAAAUGAAUAUGCAUUUGAUUAUCUCUCUUCGCAUUUAUGAUUAUAAAUCACAGGCAUUGCGGGUCUCAUUUCAGUUUGGUCUUCAUCGAACCAGAUUCUGAUGAUUCAGCAGAGAUCGAGUGCUGUUUGAGCUCAAGCUAGAAGAGCCUUCAUUUCAACUUUCUAUCGAUCUAUAAUGCAACAGAGCAAGAUUAGGUCGCGUAUCUCGUGAAAUAAAUAUGUAUUUGAUUACUUCUCUCCGCAUUUAUGAUUAUAAAUCACAGGCAUUGCGAUUUGCGAGCCUCAUUUCAGUUUGGUCUUCGUCGAAUCAGAUUCUGAUUCAGCAGAGAUCGAGCUCUGUUUAAGCUUAAGCUAGAAGAGCCUUCAUUUCAACCUUCUAUCAUUAAUCUGCAAUGCAACAGAGCAAGAUUAGGUCGCGUUUCGGCAGAAUUCAGUUCAUUCCUUUUUAAAGGAUCGAGUAGGGAUUUUGUUUAUUAGCUUUUAUUCGGCGAUGGAUAGGGCGAGAUCAAAGAGUCCAGUGUAUGAUAGGCAGAGGAGCGUCGCAAACGCGUCGGGGGGGCCGGCAUCUCCCAUGCUGUCCCCCUUGCAUCACCAUGCUCGAUUGGGAGCGGCCAGCCUGUCGACCUCCAGGAGGACGCAGAACUAUGCAGCCAAAGCCGCUGCUCAGAGGCUUGCGCAGGUCAUGGCACAUCAAUCAAAAGACAAGGAGGAGGAGGACGACCUCUCUCUUGAAUAUAAUUCUUUGGGUGCCACAGGGGGCAUUGGUCUUGCACCCGGACGGCCAAUGAGAUCUCGUUCUACCGCGUUAGGUCGUAACGCUCCCGAACAGCCUCCAUUUGAUCGUUAUACAUCAGCUGGUCGAUCAUCUCUGGCACUCAACUCUGUAGAACAACCUUCAUUUGCACGUUCUUCGUCAUCAGCUGCUCGGCCAUCUUUACCGUUCACUCCCGCAGAACAGCCUCGUUCUACAUCAGUUGGUCGAUCAUCUCUGGCACUCAACCAUGUAGAACAACCUUCAUUUGCACGUUCUUCGUCAGCUGCUCGGCCAUCUUUAUCCUUCACUCCCGCAGAACAGCCUCCAUCUGAUCGUUCUACGUCAGCUUGUCGUUCAUCUUUAGUACUCAACUCUGUAGAACAACCUUCAUCUGCACUUUCUACGUCAGCUGGCCGGUCGUCUUUACCAUUCAAUUCUGUAGAACAGUCUCCAUCUCCACAUUCUACCUCAUCUGUCCGGUCACCUUUACCUUUAAGUUCUGUAGAACAGCCUCUAUCUGCUCGUUCUUCUCCAACUGGACGACCAUCUCUAGCAAUCAAGACGGUUGGCAAGAUACCUUCUAGUGUUCCAAUAUCAUUAAAGCCACUUUCUUCCAUGCCUCCAUCAGAGACUCCUAACCGAAGGGAUAAAAGAUUGUCAGUAGAUACAGGGAACAUGAGCAUACGAGAAACUGGAAUUCAUCGUUCCACUUCAGCUCUUCAAGAUGAGAUUGAUAUGCUACAGGAAGAAAAUGAGAGUAUACUUGAAAAGCUCCGACUUGCAAUGGAAAGGUAUGAGGAAGCAGAGGCUAGAGCUAGACUGCUUGAGAAACAGGUUGCUACCAUUGGAGAAGGUGUAUCAUUAGAGGCCCGUCUCUUAAGCAGGAAGGAGGCAGCACUGCAACAAAGGGAGGUACAUACAAUUGCUUGUCCCAUGCCAAUCUCCAUGCAGGAUAGUGCAUCUUAA